AGUUUAUUAGCAGUCUCCGCUAGGAGUAAAGUAUUCUGUGAUUAGCAGAUUAGACAUAAACAUUGCAAGAAUAAUUGAUUUUCAAUUAUUCUUUUCUCAAAAAUUACGUGUUUCCGUAUAUUGAGACUUUGUGUGUGUGCUUAUAAUAGUGUAAUCUUUCUGUAAAAAUACGUAUCAACACCAAACUCAACUGACGUCAAUGGAAAGUCGUACCAAACAUCUUCUAAAUCGCACAGUGGUGGACCGCCAAUCAUCCAGAUGGUGUCGAUGGUAUCGGGAGUUCUGCCGCGAUGUGCGUUCGUGAAAUUUGGCGGCUGGGAUUAAUCCGAACAAUUCCUCAGAGCACUCCCCAUGGUAGAUGCGAAAGAAAAUGCAAAGGGAUGCAACAUCUCUUCGCAGUGCCAAUGAAUCGAGCCGAUCGGAAAGGGCUCGGUCGUUGACAAUUCGAGCCGCUCUGCGUUGGAUGCGGUCAAGUGGAAGGAGCUGGCACUGGGGAGCCCCUGCCCAGAGAUGGGAACAGUAUUCCAUGUGAGGCCGAACUUGCGCCUUGUAAAGUAGCAGGCGGUGUGCCGGCAUGAAAUACUGUCCCGCUCUGCUGAGCACGCCAAGCUUUUUAGAGGCCAAUUUGGCCUUCCCUUCCAAGUGACCACGAAACUGCACGUCACUCGAUAUGUCGACUCCGAGGAUACCGAUACUGGCUGAGGCAAGAAGGGGAGUGCCUUGAAACUGAGGAGAUACGACAAAGGGGUUCUUUUUAGUGGUAAACGCGCAAACUUGUGUCUUCUGAGGAUUAAAUUGGACUAAAUUUAGUCGCCCCCAAUCCGAGACUUUGUUCAGCAAAGACUCGACUUCAGACACAAGUUUUUUCCGGUACUCAGCGACGUUUUCCCGAGAAAUAUUGGCACGGCCGGUGUAUAGAGCAUCACCAGUGCUGUCAUCCGCAUAGCAAUGAAUGUUACCAGUUAGCAACAUAUCAUUGAUAUGCAGAAGAAACAGCGUUGGUGAUAGCACACAGCCUUGUGGAACACCAGCGUUAAUAGGCUUGUAGUCAGAGCAUGCACCGUCUACAACGACCUUGAUGCUCCGAUCUGCAAGGAAGCUGGUGAUCCAAUUGCACAAUUUCUCGGGAAGCCCAUAGGAAGGGAGCUUCGAAAGAAGCGCUUUGUGCCAAACCCGAUCGAAGGCCUUCGCAAUGUCCAGACUAACGGCCAACGCCUCCCCCUUGGACUCUACUGCCUCCGCCCAUCUAUGGGUCAGGUAGACCAGAAGAUCACCAGCUGAUCGACCCCGACGAAAACCGUAUUGGCGGUCACUAAUCAGCUGGUCUCAUAACGAAGCUAGGUUUAAUAUGUGGUUGGCAGUAUUGUCUGAGGAAACGAAGCUCAGAGGAACUUCAUAUAUAUUAACCACUGUGAAAUGUCUACAUAUGUGACAGGCAUUUUGAACAAAAUUUUCGCACUGUUGGAAGAUGGCUUACUGCUAAUAGUUAUUCCACUUUAAAUUUAUGUUAGUAUAAAACAGUAUGUUGCUUGCUUUCUGGAUAAGUAGGUAUGUAGUGCAGAACAGUAGUUUCUGUGUAGUGGUGAUAGAGAAUCGACUAGCCCUGUAUAAUAAAAACUGUUGUUGGUAAUCUGCCGCCCGCAAAUGACUCAUUGGUUACCUCCAAAUAGAACCACAUUGCUUUACAAACAGGAAACUUGAACUCAAAUCCCUCAUUAGAUGAAACUUUGUAAGAUGCAUUAGAAUUUUUUAGGGUUGAAAAGCAGUUUAUAUAUAUAGUAUGUCAAUGUGUUCUCUUUUAAUGCUCAUGGGCACAUACUUCAACGCAAUUGCUACUGAGUGGCACUUCUGUUCUUCGAUUUUUAAAUUAAUUAGUAUUUAAUUAGUAAAAGCAUUUGUCAAUUAAUAUUUUUGGCAACUUUUGUUCAAGUAUAUUUUUUCAGAAACUUCACCAAAGGCAUCUUCUUCAAAGGAUGCAUACCAAAUUAGUAAACUGACUAAACCUCAACAACAAAGAGGUGGUAGUAAGAAGAAAGUCUUUUACACAGAAAAAAUUAAAAAUUCUAAGACUUACCAACAAUUAAAAAUGAGAUUGUUGAAAUACCAAAAUAAGUGCAAAGAUAUUAAAAAGUCCUGCCGUGUAGCAGAGAUGAUAUGCAAGAAUGAUAGCCUAAUAAAUGUAAUUGAUAAACUGCCAAAAACAAUAUUGACUUUUAUGAAACUUCAAUUGAAGUCUACAGAAGCCAAGAGGCAGAAAGUUUACUCUAAAAGAGAAAAUUUUUGCAUUAUCGAUAUUAAAGCAAAGAGCUAGGGCUUAUAACUUCUUAACCAAAAUUUUGAUACUACCAUCAAAACGUACUCUACAGAAAAUCCUUAAAAAUAUAGUGAUUGAACCAGGAUUGAACGAAAACAUACUAAAUAAUUUAAAGAAAAAAGUGGAUAAAAUGACACCUGAACAAAGGCUAUGUAACUUAAUGUUUGACGAGAUUGCUUUAACUCCUGUUUUAUAUUACAAUAGGAGUAUUGACCAGAUAAUAGAUUUUGAAAAAAAUACUGUGAAAAUUGCAGACCAUUGCCUUGUUUUCAUGAUAAAAGGGAUAAAGAGCAAGUACAAACAGCCAAUUUGUUACCAGUUCUGCCAAAGUGCAACUAAAAGCCAUAUAUUAAAAGCAUUAAUUAUUGAUAUAAUUAGAAGAUUAAGAGAAUGUGGCUUAAUUAUAGUCGCUACAAUUUGUGACCAAGGCACAUCAAAUGUAUCUGCAAUUAAUUCUCUUAUAAAAGAUACGAAAGAAAAAUAUUUAAGGCAUAACAAAGUCUACAAAAGCAGUGUAAUAGAAAUUGAUGAUACACCAUUAUUUCAUAUUUAUGAUCCUCCCCAUUUAUUAAAGGGACUAAGAAAUAAUUGGAUUAAUAAAAAUAUAAGAUUCAUUUUUAAUGGGGAAGUCAUGAUGGCAAAAUGGGAACAUUUAAAAAUGCUUAUGCGUUAAUGUUGAAGAAGAUGAUUUAAGAAUGUUAAACAAAUUAACAAUUCACCAUGUGCAAAAAGAUAAAUUGCCUAAAAUGAAGGUGAAGUAUGCAGCCCAAGUUUUCAGUCAAAGAGUUGCAGCUACAAUGAAUUUUUUAGCAAGUAACAAAGCAUUGCCAGAGGAAUGCAGAGGAACAUCUUUAUAAAUAUAAUUGAUCAGCUGUUCGACUCAUUCAACGGAUCAAAGUACAAGGACGACGCAAAACCUUUAAAAGGAUGUCUAAAAAGAAACUCUGCGCAUUUUAAGAAGUGGAACGAAUUUUUACCAAUUUUGCAGUCAAUAGGGUUUGAAACUAUUCAUAAGCACAGAGAUGAGACUGAGUUUAUAAAAUAUGUUCAAGUUCCAUCUUUAAAAAAUUGGAUCAAAAACAUUGAAAGCAUGAAAGAAAUAUUUACUUUAUUAUAUAAAGAAUAUGAUGUACAAACCCUAUUGACGCGAAACUUUAAUCAAGAUUCUUUGGAAAAUUUUUUUUGUUGUAUACGGAGUCAUGGUGUCAGAAAUAUCUCACCAACUUGUAGCCAAUUUUCUAAUGCAUAUAAAUCGUUAAUUAUUAAUAAUUAUACAUCACAUCAUUCUGUUGGUCCAAAUUGUGAAAAGGAUGGAAAUAAAUUAUUGCAAAAUUUAAAAUCACUAGUUGUGGAAGGCAAUAUAAAUCACGAAGAAACUUACGAUAAUUUUUGCUUGGAUCCGUUAAUUAAUGUCUUAAAUAAGAAUAAUGACAGUAUAAGCCAGAAAGAAUCAAAACAAUAUGUAGCUGGAUAUAUAAUUAAAAAAUGUAAACCGAUUUUUAAAUCUUGCAGAAGGUGCAAAAAUGAAUUAAGCAACAUGAUAUAUCCAGCUACAUAUAUGAAAGGGAUUAUACAAAAAAAAUCAUUGUUUUCUCCCAGUGAAGCACUAUAUCAACAUUUAAAUAAAAUUAAUCACAUAACACAUGCAACAUUAAAAGAAUCUCCUGUUAAUAAAAAAAUUAAAAAGAGAAUAAUGGACCUUGCAGAAAUUUUCUGCAAUCCAUCUUUUUUUACUUGUCCCAUACAUAAAAAUGAUUUGAUUUUUUUAUUAAUAAUUAUAUGAUAUGCUUACUUAUAAAUAGUCGGUGUACAAAUGUUAAUCGUAUUUUAAAAGGAAAAAUGAUGUGUUCUGAUAACCAUGACUUAAUAAAAUUACAAGCAUAUACCUAUUGUAAAACUCAUAAUAAAUGU